CCACAAUGCCCCACGGUAAACGUUGCCGGAAAUAUAACGGAAGUGUUAAGCUACUUUCUGGGGAAAAUGGUUUGAUUUGUGUUAAUAUGCUUUAUGUUUGUUUUUGCAACAUUAUUUAAAUAUAUUGGCUAUUUUGUUUUUGUUUGUUUGUUUUAAGCUAAUAAUACAUAACUCGAGUGUACGUUAUUGUUGAUUAGCUAGCAUGUUUAGUCAGCUAAGCUAGCAUGAUACCUCCAAGUUAGUUUUGUUAAUGUGAUGUGAGCCUGGGUAAAAGGGAGAAGGUUUCAGGAUGUACACCUUGUUGUCAGGUCUUUACAAAUACAUGUUUCAGAAAGACGAGUAUUGUGUUUUGAUCCUUGGGCUCGAUAAUGCUGGCAAAACGACAUUUCUGGAGCAAACGAAAACGAAAUUUAGCAAGAACUACAAAGGAAUGAGCCUUUCCAAAAUCACCACUACAGUCGGAUUGAAUAUUGGCACUAUAGAUGUGGGCAAAGCACGCCUGAUGUUUUGGGAUCUUGGAGGACAAGAAGAGUUGCAGUCACUGUGGGACAAAUACUAUGCAGAAUCUCAUGGAGUUAUUUAUGUAAUUGACUCUACUGAUGAAGAGCGUCUUACUGAGUCAAAGGACGCCUUUGAGAAGAUGAUUAGCAGCGAGGCUCUUGAAGGUGUUCCUCUCCUGGUUCUUGCAAAUAAACAAGAUGUAGAGAAUUGUUUGUCUGUACCUGACAUUAAGACGGCAUUCAGUGACUGUGCACCUAAAAUCGGUAAACGGGACUGUCUGGUCCAGCCCUGUACUGCAUUGACGGGUCAGGGGGUAAACGAAGGAAUUGAGUGGAUGGUGAAGUGUGUGGUUCGGAACAUCCAUCGUCCACCUCGACAAAAAGACAUUACAUAAACUGACGUUUUUAGUGUGUGUGUGUGUGUGUGUACAUACGUGUGUGUGCCUCCUUAACUGUUGUUGUUCUGUAAGAAAUCAGUCCAGGUAAAUUUUAUUGCAGUGGUUGCAUUUAUCCCAGCAUCUUGUUUUACACUAAAACACCAGCUAUGAAAAGAGUGUGUAAAGAGGAUGGACAUUAAUGUUAAGUGUUUCUUUUUUUUUUUUUUUUUUAACAAACAUUAAAUAUGAAUUCUGCUGUACCCUUAAAAAAAUAUUAUUCAAAUUUUCUAGACAUUCUACAUCAAACAUAUACAAAUAGCCAAGAGUCUUUGCACAGAAGCCUAACACUUUUGACCCCCACCACAUCGGGAUUUGAACGACUUCUAUAAAUUGUGUAAUAAAAAACAUUGUUGAAAAUAAAAAAGCCUUUGUGACAUGCAUUUCCUAAAACUGCUUGUAGUU